AUGGAAGAAAACGCAAAAACAGUGUCGUCUUUAGAUUUGGAAAGUGAAAUACCUUUCACUGCAAUUGUCGAUAUAAAUCAAACAAAAAUGUUAAUAGAUACUCCAUUUUUUUCCAAUUCUGAUGAGAUAUAUAAUGAAGAAGCUAAAAGUAAAAUUGAACAAAAUAUUGAUAUAAAAUCUAUUUGUCGAAUAUGCUUAACCAGGGAUAAUAAUAUGGUUUCAUUAAUGUCAAAAAUUGGGCAUAAUAUAGUAGCAGACAUGUUUUCAUCUAUAACAUCAAUUAAAAUUAAUCGACAAGGAAAUCUCCCCUUACAAAUAUGUAUUACAUGUCAUGAGGAAAUAGUUCAUUGUUAUGAGUUUAAGGUUAAAUGUUGCAAUACUAAUAAUUACCUUACAUCAUUAAUGAAGACAGAAAGUUCUAAUGAUGAAAACCACCCUAAGUUCCAGAAUAAAACUGAUAGAGAGACACAGACAAUAGUCGAUGAUAUAAAAAUAGAAAAUAUUGCUGAGAAUUUUCCUGUACACAACAUUAAAAAUGAACUAGUCAAUAAUGAAUACUGGAUAGAGUCUAAACCCAGACAAGAAAUAGAUGGAAAUGAAGACCAUGAAGAAAUUGAAUACUUAGAGGAAGAGCUAUUUCUUAGUGAUUCUGCUGAAAAUAUUAAAGAAGAACAUGUCAAAAGAAAAUGGAUGUCAAAAGAAAUGAAAGAUUUAAAGUCAUUAUUUCAGAAGAAGGCAACACUAAAGGAUAGUAAACUAAAAAGAAGGCAGCUUAAUUGUGACAUGUGCUCUAAGAAAUUUAUAAAAACAAAAUCUUUAAAAGCUCAUCUAAGGAAGUGUCGAAGUAAUAACAGUAAUGUUAAGAAGCCAUAUGGCUGUCCACAGUGCAAAGAGUCGUUCAUAUGCGAGAGUGAUCUUCAAAUACAUUCCGCUUUACAUAUAAAGGGUAGUAACUGGAUGUGCAAUAGAUGCUCAAAGGAGUUUACAGAGCGCAACAGGUUCCGUCGGCACAUACAAAGGCACAUGGAGUCGAAGCGCUACGCGUGCGACCGCUGCGACAAGACGUUCGUAGAGCUGUGUGGGCUGAAGCGACACGUGCGCGUGCACACCGGCGAGGAGCCCGAGAAGAGGUUUAGCUGCGAAAUAUGUGACAAAAAGUUCAGCGACGGCAGCCAGCUGGGCGUGCACAUGGCGCGGCACACGGGCGCGCGGCCCUGCGCCUGCGACGCGUGCGGCAAGGCCUUCCCCUCGCGCCGCCUGCUGGCCUCGCACCGCCGCGUGCACUCCGACCUCAAGCAGUACGCCUGCGCCUACUGCGACAAGCGGUUCCGCCACGAGUCAACUCGCAACACGCACCACCGCACGCACACCGGGGAGAAGCCGUACGUGUGCUCCAUAUGUGGCAAGACCUUCAUACAGAACUCGAACCUCAAGCUACAUAUGCGUACUCAUACAGGUGAGAAGCCAUAUUCGUGUGAUAUAUGCGGACGCAAGUUCACUUCGGGCUCGUCGCUGACCAGCCACCGCCGCACGCACACCGGCGAGAAGCCCUACAGCUGCCCCGUUUGUGGCAAGAGGUUCGCGCGCACCGACAUCCGCACGCACCUGCGGCAGCACAGCGGCGAGAGGCCGUUCGCGUGCUGCGCCUGCCCCAAGGCCUUCGUGAACGCGGCGCGGCUGCGCGACCACUGCCUCAUGCACACCGGUGAAAAGGCGUAUGAAUGUGCCAUCUGUUCAGAAAAAUUUAAAAGAAAAAGUUACUUGGCUAAGCAUCUGAGACUACACGAAAGAGAUAACAAAAUGAAAAAUAAAAGUCUUGUGAUGGUCCGUCAGCUGCCGUUGGUGAUCGACGACAAUAUUAUUUUUACAGAAAAUGAUUCAAAUGAUACAAAUAAUAGGACGGAAUUAAAUCUUAGCCAUGAAAAUAUGAAUAAAGAUAUUUUAGUGACAGAAGAAAUUCCUUUAGAAGUAUCAGGAGAGCUAAUAUUGCAAGAUGAUAGCAAUAUGAAGACUGAACUUGUUGUCGUUGAUAAUGGACAAAACAAUUUGAGUUUUCAAGGAAAUGAACACGAAAACUAUAGAAAUAGUGAAAUAAAUAAUGUAAACUUAGUGACUGUUAAUGAGCAAGGUGUGAAUAUAUCCUCGUCAUCAGUACUAGACGGUACGACGGUGAAACUUUACCAGUUGGAUCAAAGCUUGCUUCAAAUUCAUACAUCUGAGGGACAAGUCACAAUUAGAAAAAUUACUAGUAAAAUGACUGCUAAUUUU